AAAUUUGUCGGCUAUGCAAUGAUAUCGAUAGGCAUUAGAGGUGGACCAACGUGUUUAGAUUUCUGUGUUUGUGGCUUGGUUUUCAUCCAUUUUUUUCUGAAUUGUUUUUACUGUAAAAAUUAGCUAUAAUCAUGUCCUUUGAAGCGAUACCCAAGGACCUUAGGGGUCUGCGUGCCUGCCUAGUUUGUUCAUUAGUUAAGAGUUUUGAUCAAUUUGAGACUGAUGGCUGCGAAAACUGCGAGGAAUUCCUGCGGAUGAAGAAUAACAAGGACAACGUUUACGAUCACACUAGUAACAACUUUGACGGGAUUAUUGCGCUUACCACACCCACCGACUCGUGGGUAGCUAAAUGGCAGCGGCUAGCUCGUUUUAAUCGAGGCAUCUAUGCUAUCUCCGUCUCUGGCACCUUGCCGCCAUCUACUCUACGGGAUAUGAAGAAUCGUGGAGUUGUCUACAAAACCCGCGACCGGAGCCAACGCUAAUGAAAUGAUCAGUUUUUUCGUACAAAAUACAUAUGUAAAUCUUUAUUUUUAAGUUAUAACAGAACCACGAAUACAUACAAUAGCAAUACAAAA